AUGGAAGAGACCGAGAGGGAGGCCACGCGCACUAAGCAAGUCAUCCACGAGGCCGUGCCAAAGCGGCUGUCCAAGGGGAAGAGCAUGGAGUCGUUGGCGCAGGUUCAGGUGGACUACCAGCCGUGGUACGAUAAGUCCAAAAUCCGGGACGGAAUCUCGCGGGAAUCCAUCGCCAAUAUUCACGCGGCUCGUCAGGUUUUCGAGGGCGGGCAUGCAGUUGACGCCGCGAAAUGGGCCCAACAACACCCUGGAAUUCAACAACCCCACCAGCAACAACAACAACGCCGACUCCCCCCAGACUCCAGUGACUUC